CGUUGCGUACGUUUCAUUGAGUACGGAUGUGCAAAAGCGCUGUCUAUAAAUCGCUUAGCAUAAUGGCAUCAAAUAUAUUGAAAUGCAAUAAUUGUAAUAUUGUAAUUAGUGAACUAUUAUCUUUUGUCCAAAAUAAAUGUGAUGUUAUGGACGAGGAAAGUCUCAUUCGUAUUGUUACGACUUCAUUUUCGAGUGAAGAGAUCAGGGAAGCGAAGACUUUGUUAUUUGACUCUGUCAAUACGAAGAUACGAAAGAUUAUGCGGAAAAAGGACGGUAAAGAGAAGCGGGAUAUAGAAGAUAUUUUAUCACUAUUGAAAGGAAUAGAUCCCGAAAAAAUUCCGAUUUUUGUCGCAAGAAACUUACAGAAACUACCCCCCAUAAGUUUUGAUCACGUAGAUGUAACUAAAUUAUUAAAAGAUAUACUCGUGUUGCAACAGGAGGUUCGAACUGUAAAGGAAACCUGCGCUACAACGGAAGAAUUACAGUUGAUAAAGAAUGAGUUGGCAAAUUUAAAAUCAGCCUCAAUUGUGAAUAACUUUGAACCCUCACAAUAUAUAAACACGAAGAGAGGGUGUGCAAAUGUUAUUGAUAAUUUUCAUUACGACAGUGGACCCAUUGGAUUGCUUCAUAUUUCUCAGGAAGAGAAAAAUGGAAAUAUAAAUAGCGAGUGCAACAUAAAUAUUCAAUCGAAAACGCAAUCUAAUUGUUUGAUAAAUAGUACAUUAGAAAACGUAAGUGCGAAGGUAGAAGAUACAGUACAUCGAUGCAAACAAAACAUAGCAGCGGACACGCAAGUGAGUGCGGCCGGUGUGAACAUAGCCAAUAGUCACAACACAGUCUCCCAUCCAUUAGUAGUGGAAAAAUCAUUUGCUUAUAUUGCAUCUGGCGGAAAAUGGAAAAAUGGAAAAAAGUCAGAAGAUUGGAUAGUUGUACAAAGAAAGAAACUCAGAAAUAGAUUUAUGGGGAAAAGAGGACAAGCAAGUACAGAAUCGGAGGAAAAAUUUCGAGCAGCAGAUGUAAAGAUACCGCUUUUUAUAAAUAAAGUUGAUAAAAACACUUCCAUAGAGGACAUAUCUUCAUACAUUUUGCAAAAAACUAAGGUGUCUGUAGCGCUAGAAAAAAUUUGCAUGAAAUUUCAGAAGGAAUAUGAUGCGUAUAAAAUAUUUGUACCGCAAAACGAUAGUGAAAAUUUAACAGAAUUCACUCACUGCUUAGGCGAGAUCUGUGCAAUUGUUGAGAAUAAUGACUCGCAGACUGUAUUUAUUCUUGGUGAUUACAAUGCGUACCCAGAUGGACAAUUCGGUAAGGAGCUUUUACAUUUCUGUACAGAACAACAGCUGAUUUGUGCGGAUAUAGAGAAAUUAGGUUUGAAUUCAGAUAGUUAUACUUUUAUUAGCGAUGCACAUGGGACAAAAAGUUGUAAUAUAGUAAAUACAUUAGCAGAAGCUGCAGCUCGAAGUCACGACAGGCCUGUUGGGCGGCGAAGAUGUGUAACUGGUUGGAAUAAAUAUGUAAGGGAGGCACAUAAUGAGGCUAGAAUUAAGUUUUCGAUAUGGGAAUUAUAUGGUAAACCAACUGAGGGUAUUAUGUAUAAAGAAAUGUAUGAGAGUCGUAAGAGAUUUAAAAGUAAACUAAAAUGGUGUCAAAAUAACUAA